CUGAUCUGUCCAUGCUGGAUAUUGAUGAUUUCAUCACAGAAAUCUGUCAGCUGAAGAAAGAGGUGGCGUUACUGGAGGAAAAGCUGAGGACAAGAGGAGAUGAACUCAACACUGAGGUUUGGACACAUUCAACAUCAUUUACUGCUUUUAUACUGUCAUUCAUGUCAAACUAAACCAAAGUGAGACAUCACACAUAUAUUCUAUAUAAAGCUCCAGUGCUGAUGAUGUGUUGUGUGUUUGUCAGAUUGUGGUAAAGGUCGAGUCAAACCCCACAGACGCUCAGGACACUGUGUGUGACAGUAAUCACACCUUGAAUCAGGAUGAAUCUACUGAUCAAACCUCCACAGAGUCUCUGGAUUCUGUCUGUAACGCUGGAGAACAGCAGAUCCUGAACACCAGACCACUCAACAUGUGUUCUGUCAGACUGGUGGACUGCAGGAAACUGAUGGAGAUGGAAACACAGACCACAGUGAAGGAAGAACAGACUGAUGAAGAUGAGAAUCAUGAUGAUUUUGUUCCUUCAGGUAAACUGUUGAACUGCAAUAACAUGGAGAUAAAAACAGAACCCAAAUCAGAGGAAGAUCAAACUGAUGAAGAUGAUGACUUUAUACCCUCAGAUGAGAGCGGUGAUUCAUGUUGUGAUGGAGAAACGGCCUCUACAUCAAAACAGCGACUGACAGCACAAACUCUUUCCUGCAUCACCUGUGGAAAGACAUUCAGUUCACAGAGACGUUUAGAGACACAUGAGAGAAAACACACAGAACAGAAACUCUUCACCUGCACCAGAUGUGACAUCAGCUUUCCUACCUUACAAGAGAAGAAACUUCAUUCACAAGAGCACAGAGACAAGAAACACUUUCACUGUCAGCAGUGUGAGAAGGUUUGUGUCUCCGCUUCUAAGCUAAAAAUCCACAUGAGGACACACACUGGAGAAAAACCUUUCCACUGCAGUGAAUGUGACAAAUAUUUCAGCAGCAAACAAUAUCUUUUUACUCAUAAGAGAAUUCACACGGGGGAAAAGACGCACGCGUGUCCUCACUGUGACAAGAGAUUCAGCCAUUCAUCUCAUGUUAAGAUACACAUGCUUUCACACACAGAUGAGAGACCGUAUCAGUGCAGUGAAUGUGGAAAAACCUUCAGGCAGUUAUUUGCUUUGAAGUCACACCUUAAAAUACACUCUGAGGAGAAACUCUAUCAGUGUUCACACUGUGAUAAACGCUUCCGUGAGAAAUUUCAUCUGAUACGUCAUGAGAGAGUUCACACUGGAGAGAAACCUUACGUCUGCUCUGACUGUGGGAAGAGGUUUGCUCAAUCAAGUCUUUUAAGAGUUCAUCAAAGAACUCACACUGGAGAAAAACCUUAUCAGUGCAGUGUUUGUUGGAAGAGAUUCACUGCGCACGGUACUCUACAAAACCAUCAAAAAACUCAUACGGGUGAAAAACCUUAUAAAUGUUCUCAGUGUGACAAGACGUUUGCUCGAUCAGAUGUCUUGAAAACCCAUGAGAGAGUUCACACUGGAGAGAAACCUUAUCACUGCUCCAUCUGUGGUGAGAGAUUCACUUAUUUAGGAAGUUUACAGACUCAUCAGAAGAAACAUGCUGAAGAACAAACUGCAGUAAAAUCAUCAUAGCGUCUCAAUCUGUUUAAAGUGCUUACUGCCAGUGUUGGGGUCAAUAUCACUUUAAAAGGGACAGAUGACCCAAAUAUCAAAACCUGUCAUCAUUUAUGCAUCCUCAUGAUAUUUUCAGAAAUGGCUCAGAACCACCCGCUUUGUGUUCAGUGGCUCUUUAAAAAUCCUUUAAUGCACAGUUAGCUUUUAAUCGCUAUAUUAAAAGUCUUAUUUUUUUGAAGUGUUGAAAUAAACAAUUCAAGAGACUUCAAUAUGCAGUUUGUUAGAAGUCAUUCAACUCAACUCAACUUUAUUUAUAUAGCGCUUUUUGCAAUUUUUGUUACAAAGCAGCUGUACAUGAGACAUAUUGACUAUAAGCGAAACAAUUAAAGUUGUACCUGUAAAAACAAGAAAAAGGUGAAAACACAGAAGACACAUACCCACAUACAAAACACUCCACACACACAAUAUGCACACGUACUAACACACACACACACAGACAUAAACAAGUACGCACACACGCACAGUGAGAGCACACAUUUAAGAUAAAGGAGAGAGAAACACAGGUCAAAUAUAACAGACUAUAAAUUCCUAUAUGCAAUAUUAAGUAAAACUUUAAAAUUCUAAUUCUAAAGCAGCCCCCCCCGGCCAGGCAGUAUGCAAACGGUGGUGAGGAACCCAAAACUCUAAUCGAGAAAAAAAAAAACAGGCCCAACCAGGGGAUUCCAGUUCCCCUCUGGCAAAAGCUGCUGGCUUCAGUAUCACAGGAUCAGGAAACCAUUUUAAAAUCAAGACUGAAGGUCAUUCAACAGUCAUCAAUGAUUUCAUCAAAAGAUGAAGACCCUGAAGAUCAUGUGGUGCUGCUAAAAGGUGAAUUUAUGACAAAAAUAUUUGUUAAUUUCACCUUUUAAUAUGGCGUAUAACGUAAAAUACAAAACUAAUCAUCAUUUGGUGUGAUGCCAAAAAACACUUGUAUUGUUUGAUUUGAUAACCUUAAGUAUAUAAGCUUCAGUAGAAGUUUCACGUUUGUCACAAAUUCAAAAGAGACUAUUGAGGGUAUUCUCCACCACAAAAACCCAACUAGAUAACAUGUCAUUUAUGUGAGUAAACAGAAAAUAUUCAUUAGAACACAGAGUUUUCAUAGGGCUGUUCCAUAAAACAAGAUUACGAAAUAAACCAGGCUUAUAGCUUAGUCUGACUUCAUUCAGAUUCUUAAUUCGGUUUCAUAAACCAAACUUAAAAUAGUUUGAACUCAGUUACUAUGGAAACGUAUACUGUGAAACUAACCUGAGGGCUGUUCCCCAAAACAAGAUUACGAAAUAAGACAGGCUUAUUUUGGUAAAUCAGAUCUAUUGUUGGUCGAUUCGGUUUCAUAAAGCAAACUUAAAAUAGUUCAAACUCAGUUAUGGCAAUUUAUGCUGGGAAACUAGCCUGGUCUGGGGCAGGCUAACUGUCAGGCUAAGCCUUGCUUGUUGCUUAAAUAGAGGCUUAAAUAGAGGUCAGUUAACCCACUGUAAUGUGAUGAUAUUACCACUGAUUCUCAUAUCACUUUAUUGAACAUUAUAAUUAAAAUGUAAAAAUAAUUAAUUAAAUAAAUUAUAGACCACAAUAAUGUUACAUUAUUACAUUACAUUAUAUUGAUUUGAUAUAAAUGUUUAAACUAAUGUCAAUUAAGUUUGAAUUUAAACAUUAAACAUUCCCCAACAGAUUGAUAAUAGCUAGAAACAGAACAAUUUCAAACAAUUAUACCGGCCAAAAGAUCUAGUAUCUAAAUCCAAAUAAUUUAUAAUGACCUACAGUUUCCUAAAAGUUUCCAGCUAACACACUACGUUCUGACAACGUCGCCAGUUCGUCUUCAUUUGGUCACCGUGACAUUGUAAAGCUCAUGUGACCGGUCUGCACCUUCGCUCUGCGUUGUGUUGAUGAUUUAAGGAGACCGGACAACAGAGAUUCCUCAGAUCACUUUUUAUUCUGAAUUAAUAAAAAGGAAAAUUAAUGAAAAAUAAAGUCAAUCUGUGGCCUUUCUUCACAGUUUCGCCAUUGACCUGCCAGUCAAAACGGAUCAUUUUAGCCACAGAUCUUAAUUAACGAACACUCUCGAAACAAAUACAUACUUCAUGUUCCACAACCUUUCAAUAAGAUUUAACUGCAUUUUUAACACAAAAAUAGAUAUUAAAUCACAAGAAACGAACUUAUUUUAAGCUCUUUAGAGAGAGCUCGAGCAGAACUCACCUUCCCUCAGAUGCGCUUACCGCGAACUGAAGAAAAGCAACCGGAACUUAAUUCUUAAAGGGGACACGUGCCAUAUUUAACAAUUACAAAAAAAUGUACAUAUAAGCAUAGAAAACAGCUCAAAUAACAGAAAUCAAUAUGAAAAGAAUUGCCAGAAUACACAAUAAUUGAUUAAGGGAGAAAUUUUGUGUGAAAUUAAUAAAUUGAUAACACAUCUGUUACACUCAGAAAGCUGUUGCGAGAGAAUGGAUGUCGAGAUGUUACUGUCGUUGGUGUCAGAACAGACAAACCUUUGUGACAAAAGUCACAGUGACUACAAAAACCAGGACAAAAAAUAAGUUCUGUGGCAAAAAAAAGCAGAUAAGAUGGACAUUGAUGGUGAGUUUUGAUAUCUUUAAAUCAUAAGGUUUUGUGUAGUGUGUUAACCUUGGCAAUCUGAACCGGCCUGAAGACCCUACCUGACCCAUUCAAACUGACGAUUCACUCCACAGACUGCAAACAAUUAAUUUGAUAAAAACAAAGGAAUUUACUAUAAAAAUAGUAGGCUACAAUUAUUCCAGAUUACAGACACUAUUUAUAAAAACAUGAAAA